AUGGAGAACUCCACCGAUACCACCAGCACCCGCGUGCAGUACCGGGAAAAGGAAUAUAAUGUGAUCAAGGAAGGAUUGGCGCACAUUUUGAACCCACCUUCACAGGAAGCUGCUUCCAAAGCAACGAAGAAAGAUUUGAAGGCCGACGAUGAAUCCCAGGCUGUCUUCUAUAACCCGAUCCAACAAUUUAAUCGAGACCUCAGUGUACUGGCGAUUCGGGCUUUUGGUGAACAUGCCAUGCAAUUGAAGGAAAAGAAGGAGGCGCAGAAGCUCAAGAAGCGCAAGACGGACGAUUCGGCCGACAAUGCGAAAAAGCGGAAGCGAGAGGAAGAUGCGGCUGCAGAAGAACCUGCGUCUAAACGAGUGGAUGAGGAGACUAAAGUCAAGUCAGAGGAUGAUUCGGUAGAGCAACCGGGCGCUCCAGCCGAGGUGAAACAAGAGAAAGAGGCACCAUCUGGUACAUCCUCCCGGCCGCAGUUUACCGUCCUGGACGCCCUGUCUGCCACAGGCUUGCGUGCUCUUCGGUAUGCUUCGGAGCUUCCCAUGGUCUCUAAGGUGGUGGCAAACGAUCUGUCAGCAUCUGCGAUUAACUCGAUGAAGACAAAUAUCGACUACAACAAGCUUGAAUCCCUGAUUCAACCCAAUCUUGGCGAUGCACGUGCUUAUAUGUAUCAGCUGCCCUCAGUUGACAAAUUCGAUGUCAUCGAUUUGGAUCCAUAUGGAACUGCGGCGCCUUUCUUAGACGCAGCGGUUCAGAGUGUCAAAGAUGGCGGUCUUCUCUGUGUCACUUGCACUGAUGCUAGUAUCUGGGCAUCAACCGGUUACGCCGAGAAAUCCUUUUCCUUGUAUGGUGGCAUGCCAAUGAAAGGCCCCCACUCACACGAGGGUGGGCUCCGACUGAUUCUUAACAGUCUGGCUAUGUCGGCUGCCAAGUAUGGGUUGUCCGUUGAGCCUUUGCUUUCACUGUCAAUCGAUUUCUACGCUCGUGUGUUUGUGCGCGUGUAUCGCUCUCCAGCACAAGUCAAAUUCCUUGGCGCCAACUCGAUGGUCGUCUACAACUGCGAUUCCGGCUGUGGUGCCUGGUCGACCCAGCCAUUGGCCUCACUGAAGACAAAGCUCAACCGCAAGGGUAACGCUUUGUACCAUCACGGACUGGCUCAAGCUCCUGUUUCCAACACUAACUGCGAGCACUGUGGCUUCAAGACGCACCUUGCUGGUCCUAUGUGGGCCGGCCCGCUGCAUAACCCAGCUUUCAUCCAAAGAAUUCUGGCCAACCUCCCCAAACUUGAUCCUACGGUAUAUCAAACCAUUCCUCGAAUUGAAGGAAUGUUGACCACAGCCCUGGAGGAAGAUCUGGACCUCACCCUAUGCGCCUCCUCGAGUGCCCAGACGGAGGUGGCCACUGAAACAAAUGACCUUUCCGCCGAAUACCCAGCCAUUAUUCCACGAAUGGACCCGGCUCGUCGAGACCCUUACCCCUUCUUUAUGCUCCUUGGUAGCCUCUCGAAGGUUUUGCACUGCUCCACUGCGCCGAUUGAUGAAUUCCGCGGGGCUCUUCAUUCCAUUGGAUACCGCUCCACUCGCAGCCACGCCAAGCCCAACUCCGUUCGCACCGAUGCCCCUUGGAGCGUCGUUUGGGAGGUCAUGCGCGAGUGGAUCCGUCAAGAAAGCCCUAUCAAGGAUGGAUCCUUGAAACCGGGCAGCGCCGGCGCAGCUAUCAUGGCUAAGAGUCGCGACAACCUCCGUAAGUUAGACGAAGAAAGCCAAUGGCUAUCCAUGCUUAAGCGGGAUAUCAUGUCUGCCGUGGAGUCUGGUCGCGACGUCAGUGACCUUGUUACCAAGGUCGAGGCUUCUAUCUAUCGAUCUGGCUCUCGACAAGCCUGGAAGUCCUCAGAGGAGACUUCACAGACUGUUGCUAGUGCUGAAUCUGAAGCGGAGCCACUAUCUGCCUCGGAGAAGGAAACGGGCGCCACAAAGACCUCUGAGCAUGCUCAUCCUAGCAGCCUCGAAGUCAAAUUCGAUUCUGCUCUGGGCCGUGAAGCUUCAGCUGCACAUUCGAAAAAGCGUUUGGUCCGAUACCAGAUCAAUCCUCGCGCGAAUUGGGGACCUUUGAACCGUGCCUCAGUCACAAAAUGA